CACUUUAGUGACUAACACUCAGAGAACCAUAUGGCAGGUUCACCAGCAUGCCUCCUCUUCAUCUGUCUCCUCAGCCAGCUCACAGCCUCUGGAGCCCUGAAGGAGAAGUUUGGUGUCCUUGGUGGAUCUGUGACCUUUUCUGUGGAAACUUCAAUACAGAAUAUUGACAGUAUUGUCUGGAUCUUCAAUUCAACCACUCUUGCCAUCAUAAAGCCAGGUGUGGCAGACAAAAAAGCCACUAUCCUUAUGACCCGAAGUCAUAACAAGGAAAGGAUGAUCUUCUCAGGCAGUAACUAUUCUCUGACACUCCUCCAACUGAAGAAGAAUGACUCAGGGAUCUACCGUGUGGAGUUGAACUUCUUAUCCUCUCAGUCAUCCUUCACCCAGGAAUAUGGGCUACAAGUCUACGAGUGCCUGUCAAAGCCUAAAGUCACCAUGGGUCUGCAGAACAAUAAGAAUGGCACCUGCGUAACUAAUCUGACAUGUUCCAUGGAACAGGGAGGAGAGAAUGUGACAUACAGCUGGAAUGUCCUGGGGCAGAGAAGCAACAAAUCUUAUGAUGGCUCUAUCCUUCCCAUAUCCUGGAGUCUGGGAGAAAGGGACACGGUCUUCAUCUGCACGGCCAGGAACCCCAUCAGCAGUAAUUCCUCAAGUCCCAUCCUUGCCUGGAAGCUCUGUAGAGAUGCUGAUGGUGAUGGUUCCAAUUUCCUCCUCACCUUCCUGUGUCUUCUGUUGGUGAUCUUCACACUCUGCACCCUUGUGUUGAUGUUUCAUUUGACUAUGCGGAUAAAGAGAAGAAAAGAGCCCAUUGAGGGUGAAAAAAGAAUGGAUGUUCAUCAGGAGAUUCCUAAUGUCUGCCCCCAUUCCGGAGAGAAAACAGUGUAUGAAACGAUUUGCUAUGCUCAUAAAAUUAAUCCAGCAGAAGAUCCACUAAAUACACUUUAUUCCACUGUGCAGAUACCAAAAAUGGUGGAGAAUCCCUGCUCACCGACCACCACGCCAGACACACCCAGGCUGUUCACCUAUGAGAAUGUCAUUUAGACAUCAGCAUGCUGCCCUCAAACCUCACUCCAGAGGAAGUACAAAGAAAUGCAUCCACUUGUCCAGAAUACCUGGAAGAAACCAUUCCUAAGCAUACACCUUUGAGUUUAGGAGUUCAUAAUUCUACCAACUCCUGAGAACUCUCUUUAAACCCAGAAUCUAUAUCACUUCCCAUAUGGAAUGUGACUGUGAAUUUAUCAGUCAAUCUCAAGAAAAGGCUGAAUAUCUCUACUAACAUGUAAAUGCAUAUUAAUAUCUGCCUCGGUCAUAUUAAUGAUGGCCCCAGGACAGGGUUUGGAGUCUCAUUCCAGUCCAGGGUUAGGAGGACAGAAUAUACCAAGAGUCUGGUUUCCAGGAGGGCAAGAAGGCCAGGCCAGACAGGUGUGUCUGGCACCAGCAGGUGUAACUGCCAAAAAUGAAUGAAUGAAUCAUUCACUAUGUACGGGGCACUGUUGAACUUAAUUGGGCAGAUGUGCUCUCUGCUCUCAUGAACCUGAGCACUCAUGAACUACUUUUAUGGCCAGUUAUGGGAGGCUUAACACAAAUUCUUGUGUAUCAAGUUCUGAAUACACAAAACUUGAAGGUCAAAGCUCACAAGGACACAGAAUUGUGCAUGGGCAAGAACAAGAACACCCCUCUACUCUCAGAACUCCUACCACCACCCCACCAUGGCCUGGCUUAAUUUGUACUCCUACACUGCAAAUAAAAGCCUAGGCCUUGUUAAGGUCUAUACAGGAGCCUAUCUCGGUGCAAAAACUCUACAGGCACAUUUUGGGUCUAGUAUGACACCUAGAGUUGGGAUGUGGGGCCUGGUGUAUGAAUUACUUGUAAACUUUCAAAGUGUGUUUCAAUAUUUAUUAAUAAGCUCUGCUAGGUCACUUUCACAAAUAAGUCAGACAUGAUCUCUACCCCUAUAGAACUCACCUUCUUUUUAGUGAAAUGGUAAAGACUUGGGGAGGGUGAAAAGUAGGACUGCACUUGAUGUGUUCCUGAUACAUGUUUUGAAUGGAGAUACCAGGAAGGGAACUGGGGCCCAGGGCUGGGGUAUGAAAUAAGGUGGACAAAUUGUGUAUUUAAAUUUGUGAAAAGAGAAAACAUCUGGGAGGGAAAACGUUUGAAUAUAAGAUGGCCAAGUUAAGAGAAAAUAAACUUGCAAGAAAAAAAACAAAGAGAAUGAACUCAGGCUGAUGUGAGAGGAAAUCAAAGUUAAAAAUAGGAGUAGGUGUGGAAACAAACCCAUCACCACCAUGAGGUACUCGGCUAGGCCCACCCAGAGCUGGGCAGGUGUGGAUUGCCCAAACCAUAGCAUGAUAAAUGCUGUAUUUAUUGCUACAAUUUUCUGGGAGAAUGGUGGGGAGUGUCCCUUUUAAUAAAAUCAUGCUUUGAGGAAA